AGUCAGCAAUACAAAUCUCCCUUAAGCCCACUAAAACCCAUAAGGAAAAAACAAAAUUGUAAGAAAGGAGCGACGCAAGAAGAGUCAAUAGAAUCAAAGCAAAGAACCAAGAAAGUUUAUUUCACACCACACACUCAUUAUAUGUAUAAAUACACAAAACCCCAAACAACUUCUUCAACUUUCUCUUCUCAACUUUCGAGUAUUCCACACAUACACACACACUUUAGACUUUUCUUCAAAAACAUAAAUCCACAGCUCGUGAAGGACAAAGAACAUGGAGAUUAAGUCUUGUCUGAGGAUAAUGACCAGAGCCAGAGGCAUGUUGCUCCUUAUAGUAACGAUGACAUGGCUCGUAGCCGGAGGAGACGCAGGAGACACGAAGAAAGAGGACCGACUGUUCAAUCUUGAAAAGCUAGAGAUGUUCGUUGAAGACCUUCCCCAUAUACCCACUCUUCAUGGCUUCCACUCUGUAAAUGGCCUACUCAAACCCAAAUCUCUUCACAUCGGCAUGUUCUUCAAGAAAUGGAAGUUCCACAGAGACUUGCCUGCCACGCCAGUGUUCGCAUACGGUACAUCCAAGCGUACGGCAACAGUUCCAGGACCUACGAUAGAAGCCGUUUAUGGCGUAGACACUUACGUGACGUGGCGAAAUCACCUCCCUUCAACUCAUAUCCUCCCUUGGGAUCCAACGAUCUCCCCGGCUAUCCCUAAACACGGCGGCGUUCCCACGGUUGUUCACUUGCAUGGAGGCAUCCACGAACCAACCAGCGAUGGUAACGCUGAUUCAUGGUUCACCGCUGGUUUCAAAGAGACAGGAUCCAAAUGGACUAAAAAGAGUACUCAUUACGUCAACAAGCAACACCCUGGUAACAUGUGGUACCAUGACCACGCCGCCGGUUUGACCAGAGUCAACCUUCUCGCUGGUUUGUUAGGUGCUUACAUUCUCCGCCAUAGCUCUGUUGAGUCGCCCCUUCGGUUACCAACCGGCCGCGAGUUCGAUCGUCCUCUGGUCAUAUUCGAUCGAAGUUUCCGUAGAGAUGGCUCCAUUUACAUGAACGCCACAGGGAACAAUCCGUCCAUACAUCCGCAGUGGCAGCCAGAGUAUUUCGGCGACGCCAUCAUCGUGAACGGAAAAGCUUGGCCGCGGCUAACAGUUCGCCGUCGGAAAUACAGAUUUAGAAUCAUAAACGCUAGCAACGCUAGGUUUUUCCGGUUCUUCUUCUCCAACGGUCUUGACUUUACCGUCAUUGGUUCUGACUCGGCAUAUCUAUCAAAACCGGAACGAACCAAAUCAGUUCUCCUAGCUCCAUCAGAGAUCAUCGAUGUUGUUGUUGACUUCUCGAAAUCAAAGUCGGAAACAGCAAUCCUAGCUAACAAUGCACCUUAUCCUUACCCUUCGGGAGAUCCUGUCACGGAAGAGAACAGCAAAGUCAUGAAGUUUAUAAUCAAGAACAAAUCAGAAGUUGACACAUCGACCAUUCCAAAGAAGCUUAUCGAAUACCCUCCUGCUCACGUAUCAACCUCGUCCCGUACACGUUACAUCGCCAUGUUCGAGUAUGUAUCAAGCGCUGACGAGCCAACACAUCUUUACAUCAAUGGCUUGCCAUACAAUGCUCCUAUAACAGAAACUCCUAAAAUAGGCACCAGCGAGGUGUGGGAAGUGAUCAAUCUAACUGAAGAUAACCAUCCGUUGCAUAUUCACUUGGGGUUGUUCAAAGUGUUAGAGCAGACGGCCUUGGUGAAGACUGAGGAGUUCACCGACUGCAUGACGAAGAGAAACGACGCCGUCAAGUGCAAUAUCAACAAGUACGCAAUCGGGAACAAAACUGCGGUGACGGCGCACGAGAGGGGAUGGAAGAACGUAUUCAAGAUGAUGCCUGGACAUGUAACGAAGAUCCUCGUUAGAUUUUCUUACAUUCACUCCAAUGAAUCUUACGCCUUCGACGCUACUCAAGAGCCAGGCUACGUCUACCAUUGUCACAUAUUGGACCACGAAGACAAUAUGAUGAUGAGGCCCUUUGCGAUGGUCAAGUGACAACAUACAAUUAGUGUCUUCUCACCAAAAUGUUAAAUGGUUCUAUACGUCAAUUACAAAUUUACAAUUACGGAAUCCGAUCAUGUGUAGAUUGAGACUACAUGAAAUAUCGAAAAAAAUCUUAUGAAUAUUUUUGUCUAACAUUUACGGGCUUUAACCGGCCCAAUAACAAAAAAGUUGUGCUUUCUUA